AUGCAACCAAGUGCCAGGGGGAACCCCCAGGUUCCCAGUCCUGGCUUAUUACGUCCAUUUACACCGCCGGAUCUUUCUUCUAUACCUCAUAUGGACAGUACACCCCCACAAAACAGCGGUGUUCGUAACAGUUCAUCAUCUGUAACUGGUCGAACAAACGAUGGAAUUCAAGAACAAUCCGGGCCUUAUAUCAUCGGUAGUCCUAUCGACCUCGGCAACAUCGAUAACGUCGAUAAUAUUGGCCUACAUAUAGAUUCCCUGGCGACUGGACAUCGAAGGACACGUGAACACAUCGAACUGCAGGAAGCUGGAGCACACGAAACGAGUUCUGAAGUUGGUCCUGUAAGGGCGGAAAAUGGUGGAUCCCAAGGUGACGAUCAACGGUCUUCACAUCAACACGAUAGCAGUGAAGAGAGAGUAGUUUUCAUAAAUGCUCCUCAUCAACCAGCGAAAUAUAGAAAUAAUCACAUUACCACUGCGAAGUACUCAUGUCUUUCGUUUAUACCUAUGUUUCUUUUUGAACAAUUUCGUCGAUAUAGUAAUUGUUUCUUCUUAUUCAUCGCUCUCAUGCAGCAAAUACCGGAUGUAUCACCUACCGGUCGAUAUACAACUUUGGUUCCAUUAAUUUUUAUUCUUAGUGUAUCUGCGUUAAAAGAAAUAGUCGAAGAUAUUAAAAGGCAUAGGGCAGAUGAUGAAAUUAAUAUGCGUGAAGUAGAAGUUUUAAGAGAUGGUCAUUGGCAAUGGAUACAAUGGAGGAAAAUUGCUGUUGGUGAUGUGGUUAAGGUCCGCAACAACAAUUUCUUUCCUGCUGAUUUGAUCUUAUUAUCAUCAUCGGAGCCACAGAGUAUGUCUUUCAUAGAGACUGCCAAUUUGGAUGGAGAGACCAAUUUGAAAAUACGACAGGCCCAUCCUGACACUGCCAGUCUCUUAGAUACUGCUGAAUUAAUGAAUUUUCGUGCAAAUAUUCAAUGUGAACCACCAAACAGACAUUUGUAUGAAUUUAAUGGAGUAUUGCGAGAAUCUAAUAAACAAUCUGUACCUUUGGGACCUGAUCAAGUAUUGCUUCGUGGUGCAAUGUUAAGAAAUACACGUUGGGUAUUUGGUGUAGUAAUUUACACAGGCCAUGAUACAAAAUUAAUGCAAAAUAAUACUACAACUGCACCUUUAAAAAGAUCUACUUUAGAUCGACUGACCAAUACACAAAUACUCAUGUUAUUCUUUAUACUUCUUUUGCUGUGCCUUCUAUCCUCAAUAUUUAAUAUUCUUUGGACUAAAGCUAAUAGUGAUGGAUUAUGGUAUUUAGGUUUAAAUGAGGAAAUGACUAAAAAUUUUGCUUUUAAUCUUUUAACAUUUAUUAUUUUAUUUAAUAAUUUAAUACCUAUUUCAUUGCAAGUUACAUUGGAAGUAGUGAGAUAUAUUCAAGCUACAUUUAUUAAUAUGGAUAUAGAAAUGUAUCAUGCAGAUACAGAUACACCAGCAAUGGCACGUACAAGUAAUCUUAAUGAAGAACUUGGUAUGGUUAAUUAUGUUUUUACUGAUAAAACUGGAACUCUUACAAAAAAUGUAAUGGAGUUUAAACGAUGUUCAAUUGGUGGCAAAAUAUAUGAUUUACCAAAUCCAAAUUUAAACGGUGACGAAGACGGUACUAGCAUCAAUACCGAAUUAAUUAAAGAUAUUAUUGAAGGAAGAUCAAUACAAGAUCUUUCUCGCCCUGUUGAUAAAAAAGCUACAAACCAUGCAAAAGUAGUACAUGAAUUUAUGAUUAUGCUUUCUGUAUGUCAUACUGUUAUUCCUGAGAAAAUUGACGAAACUAUUAUUUAUCAUGCUGCAUCUCCAGAUGAAAGAGCGCUGGUAGAUGGAGCACGUAAAUUUAAUUAUGUAUUUGAUACUCGAACACCUGCUUAUGUGGAAAUAGUAGCUUUGGGUGAAAGAUUUCGUUAUGAAAUAUUAAAUGUAAUAGAAUUUACCUCAGCUAGAAAAAGAAUGUCAGUAAUUGUGAAAACACCAGAAGGAAAAAUCAAACUUUUUUGUAAAGGGGCUGAUUCUGUUAUUUAUGAAAGAUUGUCCCCAGUUUCUUUAGAGAAUAGUGAUCCUGAACAAAAUAGUUUGGAUAAUUUCCAAGAUAUAACUUUAGAACAUUUGGAAGCAUUUGCAUCUGAAGGUUUAAGAACACUUUGUUUUGCUGUUGCAGAUAUACCUGACAAUUUUUAUCAGUGGUGGCGUGAAACUUAUCAUAAUGCAAUAAUUAGUAUAGGAAAUCGUGAAAAUAUGAUCGAAAAUGCCGCAAAUCUUAUUGAAACAAAAUUAAGAUUAUUAGGUGCAACUGCUAUUGAAGAUCAAUUACAAGAUCAGGUACCAGAAACAAUACAGGCUCUUUUACAGGCUGACAUUAAUGUAUGGGUAUUGACUGGUGAUAAACAAGAAACUGCUAUAAAUAUUGGCUAUUCUUGUAAAUUAAUUACACAUGGAAUGCCAUUGUACAUAAUUAAUGAAUCGUCUUUAGAUAAAACAAGAGAAAUUAUAAUACAGCGUUGUCUUGAUUUUGGAAUUGAUUUGAAGUGUCAAAAUGAUGUAGCUCUUAUCAUAGAUGGAAAUACAUUAGAAUAUGCAUUAUCCUGUGAUAUUAGAAUGGAUUUUCUAGAUUUAUGUUCAUCUUGCAAAGUUGUUAUUUGUUGUAGAGUUUCACCAAUGCAGAAAGCUGAGGUGGUUGAUUUGAUUACAAGUAAUAAAAAAGCUGUAACACUUGCGAUUGGAGAUGGUGCAAAUGAUGUAGCAAUGAUCCAGAAAGCCCAUAUUGGUGUUGGUAUUUCUGGUGUUGAAGGUCUUCAAGCAGCUUGUGCUUCGGAUUAUUCUAUUGCACAAUUUCGUUUUCUAAAACGCUUAUUAUUUGUUCAUGGGUCAUGGAAUUAUAGUAGGAUGUGUAAACUUAUACUUUACUCAUUUUACAAAAAUAUUUGUCUUUAUGUCAUUGAAUUAUGGUUUGCUAUUUAUUCUGGCUGGAGUGGUCAAAUUCUUUUUGAGCGGUGGUCGAUUGGUCUUUACAAUGUUGUAUUUACAGCAGCACCUCCAUUAGCUAUGGGACUUUUUGAUAAAGUAUGUUCUGCGGAAACUCAUUUAAGUCAUCCAGCAUUAUAUGCCACAAAAAAUACUGGAGAAUCAUCAUUUAAUAUUAAAGUAUUUUGGAUAUGGAUUGCAAAUGCUUUAAUACAUUCAUCUCUUCUUUAUUGGUUAUCACUAUUGGCUCUAAAAGAAGGAAUAGUAUGGGCAAAUGGCCGAGAUGGUGGUUAUAUUGUUUUAGGAAAUUUUGUAUACACAUAUGUUGUAGUAACGGUGUGUGGAAAAGCAGGAUUAAUAAUUAAUUCUUGGACAUGGGUCACUCAUUGUGCAAUGUGGGGAUCUAUUAUGCUUUGGUUUUUAUUUAUUUUAAUAUAUAGUAAUUUUUGGCCUAUUCUAAAUGUGGGUGCAGUAAUGUUAGGUAACGAUAGAAUGUUAUUUUCUUCACCCGUAUUCUGGCUGGGUUUGGUACUUAUACCAUCAGCAGUACUACUUAUGGAUAUUACAGUUAAGGCAGUCAAGAAUACAGUUUGGAAAUCCGUAACUGCGGCAGCUAGAGAAAAUGAGAUUCGGAAAUCUGAUCCCGGAGAUGUAUUCAAUAGUCACGACUAUAGAAGCUCAUUGACGGAGACGGCGCGGCUACUGAAAAACGUAAAAAGUGUUUUCACCAGGCGAUCAAACGCCGCAUCCAGAGUUAAUGUCGAAGUGGAACUAUCACAGAUUAAUAAGUUGCAAUCUUUGUUGUUGCACAUGCUGCGCGAUGCAGAUGGAUUUGCAUUCUCUCAAGAGGAAGGAGGCUCGGUGACUCAAACGGAUGUGAUCAGAGCUUACGAUACAAAUCUUCCGAAACCUGGCGGCAUGUGAUCUUAAUUCUACUAGCUAGAAAUACGUACAACUUACUCCUGAUCAACGAUGAUUAAUCGUGCCGUUUGAGGACUACAUAAAUUGCAUUGAAAACUUCAGCCACUCGUAAGGAAGACUUAAUAAUCACUACUAUUUAUCAAAUGUUUUUAUACAUUUUUUUUUAACAACGUUUCUAAUUCUAUCUCGACGAAUACUCGAGUGAUAAUAAUAAGUUAAAAAUUCCGCUCUCUUAUUCGUCUUCCUUUCUUACUGUUGACAAUAAACUGCCAAGUUUCCUUAAAUUCUUUUGUUCAAGUUAUCAUCGAGGGUUCCAGUUUCAAGCUGAUAAAAAAAUUUUCCCGAUCCUCCCUGUAUCGAGUCUUCAAUAAAAAUUCCUUCGUGAACGAGUGGCCUGGAAAAUUGUAUCCCUGAGCCCGUCUCUGACAAUCCACCAUCCAAGUGACGACGUCUAGAACUCGUUUCAUCCUCGGAUCCAUAUCCCUUAAUCUCUCCUCUUCCUUGUGACGAAAUUUCCUUUUCAAAAUGGCGUUGUACCAACGAAAGAAAUAUUUCCACGCCAAAUCCUGUUCCUUGAUCGUCCACGUUCCAUCCGACUUCUCCUCGUAAAUCGUCUUUUCGUCCUUUUUAUUCUUCAUUCUUGUUAGAAUGGAAGCGAAGAUAUUCCUCCUACUCUCCUGCUUCUGUUCCAAAUUAUUGCUCUGAUUACUUUUCAGCGUCGUAUCCCUAAUUAUACCGAUGGACACUUUUUUACAAAGAUCGUUUGCAUUUUUUAUCCCGUCGUGCACGUGGACAACGGUGUCGUGACAAUCGUUGGAAUUAUUUAGAUCCAAAAGUCUGAGCAAAAGGUGGCCCACGUACGGCAUAAAGGACGAGUUGCAAGUUUCAACUUUGGCCCAUGCUUGUCGAUACAUCUCGGUGCACGGAUGUUUGUAAACCUUGCAAAGUCUUUCCAUGGUCUCGUAUCUGAACGAUCAAAAGGAUUAUUCGUGGAAUAUGUUCACGGAAAUGUACAAGUAGGAAUAACGAUAUUAAAUAUACCUAUUGGCAUGAUGAGUGCGCAAGUAAUUCCACGUUUUUCGCAGUCUGAAAAUCGGUGGCGCCUGCAAUCCGGCCAAGAUCGAUCUACACGAAUGAAAGUUUCCCAUGGCGUAACACUUCUUGGCCGCGUUCACUAGCCUCGCGACGAUCCUACUUCUCAUGGGUAAUUUUUUCACGGCCAGAAUUUCGCUCGCCAUCAGGCACGAUAUGCGAUGACUGAACGCUAUCCACGCCGCCAAGUUGGGCGCGUUCCUCGAACUCCUUUGAAAUACCAAUAUCUCGAUUUCCUCCGUCGGGAUACGAACGAAGAGAUCGCGAUCGAUCAGGGUCAACUGCAUCGCCAGGAUGUCACUGUUUAUAUCCCAAAUUGUUAUUCUGAAAUCCAUUCUUAAUAAUCGUCUCAACUGAUCAUUGGUACCGCUCUCUUGAUUUUCCAGCUUCUUCUUCUUCUUGCAAGAUCCGUUCCCGGAGAAGAUCCUCUCCAGGAAACUGUACUUCUCCUCGGGGACAAUAAUGGAAUCUUCGUAUUGGUAUUUCUUUCGCCUGCCGAACAACUUCCGUUUGGACGGUCGUUCCUUCUCUUGGCGAAAAUUUCUCAAAUGUGUCAAGUGCUGCCUCAGCUCCCUGUUGCGAACAAACGAACCAUCAUUUAAAUCCCUAUUCCAAUCCCUUUUCUUUCGUUACUACCUGUAAGCGGCAGAGGCGGGCUUGGGUCGGUACCAAUAUUCCGGCGUCCAAAACAACACGAUACGGCCCUUGGUGGUGGCCCCGAUCGAGCCAAACCUACCCGAUUGCAGAGCGGUGUACGAGAUACUGGCCGCCAAUUGGCGGCGAGACACGGGAAGUUUCAAUUCGGAGUCGAUCGGCUGUCGACGUAUCGUGACCAAGCUGAAGGAUCUUCGGCCUUGGAGGGUGCACCGUUCGCCCGGUUGGACCGACCAGGGGCCAAGGGCGUAAUGAAAAUGAGGCGCGGUGCAGAUACCGUAUCUCCUGAAGUGCUUGCAGUACAACGCCUUGCAUCGCCCCUUCUUCUUACCCUCCCAAACCUUUACACCACUUUCCAUCAGAGCGUAAAAAUUGUGCGCCUGUUUCACGCUCAUCUCCCUGGUGAACUCGCGUUCCGCGUUAAUCGGGCCGAGAACCAAUCCCGAGUGGCAUUUCUCCGGCACUCCGAACCCGAAUCGGGAUAUCCUCCUCGUCAGGCCCUUUUUCGGACUUCUCCCCUCUUCCUCUUUCUCCCUCUCUCUCGCGAUCACCUCGUCCAACGUUUCCUGCCUGUACCACACGCUCCUCUUCUCGAUCGCUCUAUCCUCCAAGAUCUUCGCUUGCAAGUGAUUACGGGGGCAACCCUGACAGGUCGUGUAGAAUUUGCUCGUGUUGUAAUAUUUCCGAUUAUGGUCUCUGAUAAACAGCACGUCGCAAAGAACGUCGUUCUUAUGCUUCUCCUUGAAGCACCGACACGUAGGCCAGCUACGAGUCACUUUCUCGAUCUUGAUCGGUGAGAAAUCCUCCAGCUCGGUCUUUAUAUCUUCGAGGCUGGCACCGGCGAAUCUUAUGGGAAUCGGGGCGUAUCGACCGUCCAUCAACUCGUUGUAAGAUGGCCCGAGAUACAGAUCCUUCUGACACCAUGUCGGAGGCGCGUAAUCACCGGCGCCUCCGUAAUGAGUCCAUAUUCUGCGUUCAAUUCAUGAAUUACGUUAGGUAUAUAUAUAUAUAUAGUAUUUAAUAUUUUUUUUUUAACUUGAUAAAGAAGAAGAGAAAAAAGAAAGGAAACGAGAAUGAUUUAGAAAAUUAUUCGAUAUCACCUGCACACUGCCCGUUUCCCAUUUUUCUUCGAGUUCUUCCGAAUCUCGAUCUCCGAGGAAAGGAUGUACAAGGUCGUACUGCUCGAUGAACUUGCAGCGGUUGUCUCCGACAACGAGCUUCCGUUCAUCUUGCUCGCGAGCAAAUUCUCCACGUGUUCGCACCAUUUCUUCCACAAAAUGUUUCUUCUCUGUAUACCUCCGAGCUCGUAAUAGUUUACUCUUCCGUCGAUAAAUCUAAAUCGGUAUUUAAUUAUCGGUCAACGCGUCGUUCAAUCAAUUACUUUACUCGUGAAAAAAACUUGGCGAAAGUUGCGAAAGCUGUCGCUUUUUUCGCUGCGACGAUUUUUUUUUUUUUUUUUUUUCUCCAUUCCUUCUCUCGUGAAAUGUCUACCUUGCCUUUAAGGUUUUUCGACGUCUUCUGCUGAAUAUGCUCAGGUUGACGCAUCGUAAAGGAUACACUGAAAUAAGCUCGAAACUUUCGAUGCUGGGAUCGAGGGUACGUGGGCAGAAGAAUUGCGACUUCUCGUUGAAAAUGUCCGCAGCUACGAUUAAUUUUGAAGGCGUGAGAGCGAGGGAAACUUGUCGGAUUCCACGACCGUUCCUGGUCGUUUCGGCAAACGGGGAUUCCACGAGGAUAACAUCGGAGAAGUCUGAAUACUCGGAGGCCAAUAAUUUUUUAAUCCUGUUUUGAUCCACCUCGGGGUUCCUCGUACGAUGACGAGAUUUAAUUUUACAUGUUUGAUGCAUCGAGUCGGACUUUUGUUCAUAUAGAGAAAAAAAAAAAAAAAAAAUGAUACAAGAUUCGAUACACGACCGGUUAAUUUUUUUUUGACACGACCAUCGAUUUGUACGACGAAUUCGCUCGCGAGAGGUUAAUAACUUCCGAACGAAGUUGUGAUGUAAGCCGAUCACUUUUGUUAGAGGGCGUGUUUGCAUGUAACUUUUCGAAGCAUCGUUGACGAGCUUGAAGUUGUCACAAAAGUGAAUCGAUCGAAGCAAACUUAUCUAUUAAUCGUUAUGUCGUUGUAUCAUGGACGAUAUUGGUUUUUCUUUUUUUUUUUUUUUUUUCUUUUCUUUUUUUUACGACACAACUUUAGGAUCACUUUGAAAUGGGAGAAAGCGAAGAAACGAUCUAAUUCCAUUGGUUAUCAUCGUUUUUAUUUUUCAGUUCAAUGCCUCCAUCGAGUCUCGCGACCUGUACAUUAGUCGGCGACGGAGGGGACUAAGUUUCUUUUAAUAGACUCGGGCCUACGUGGUAAAAGGUGUCGCAGUGCCUGUCGUUUCGGUUAAUUAAGAGUACUUUAGCUUUAUUUUUUUUUAUAUUUUUUUUUCCUUUUUUCUUUUUUCUUUCCUUUUUUUUUCUUUUUUUUCUUUUUUUUUUCUUUUUUUACUCCUUACUCGCUACGGUACGAUAAUAAAUAACAUAUAAAAAAAGACAUACAGAUAAAAGACAAGUAAAAAAGAAGCUCGCCAAUAGGGGGAGCGCUUUUUCAAUCUAGAAUAAAAAAGUCGAUGUAAGUUGAAAGAGCGUGCAAAAAUGUACAAAGUGGCAGAGGUACAUGGUGGACUCCUAAAAAACGACUUGUUUCGACUUAUUUUUUUUUUUUUCCUUUUUUUUUCUUUUUUUCCUUUUUAUUUUAUAAACGAAAGCUAACUUUUUUUUUUUUUUUUUUUUUUGUUUCUUUUAUCGAUUAUUAUGCUCCGGGUUCACUUUGAUGGUGACUUUGUUGUUCAGAGCGGACGCGAGCUUCUCGACGUUGCUCUGACCCAACUUUCCCGGCUCCGAGUUGGUUGCCUCGUUGUUUGACACCGCUGUGUUUUCGGGGAUCGGUUUAAUGGUUGGCUGUACUUCC